AUGAGAGCAAAACGGCCACUGCUGGAAGAGAGAAAAGGAACGGCCAAGUUGGAUUGCAGGCUCAAGACAUUGGAAGGAUUAAACAACUCCAAGCAUGGGGAGGUUCUCAUGAUGAAGACACCGGUUGCAAGGCACUAUAAAGGAGGGAACUGCACUCUCACAUGGAGAGCUCUGAAUCUCUGGUUACCCUUUUCAGUUGCUAAAAACACUCAGAAAAACUCCAGAAGGCACCAACGAAGUGAACCUGUUUUUGACCCAGAAAUUGAAGCUACCAUCCGUAGAACCAGAGCGGCAAGAAGAAGGCAGAACCGGUUGCAACAGGACAACCAGGAAGGUUCAUCUGAAAUGGCUAAUCAAGGUGGCAAUCCGGAGAACAAUAGGAACCCUGGUGGGGAUCAACAAAAUCGACCAGAAAGACUGCUUAGAGAUUUCUUCAUCCCACAGCAAGAAGAAGUCCAAUCUCCUCUAGUGUUCCCUGAUCCGAUUGAUGCAGCAAGACAGCUUGCUCGACAAUAUGACCACCAACCAUUCAAGAUGGCAAUCGAUCCAAGGGCAAAUUCAAAACAGCCGGGGAUGAUGGAACUUGAUCCCAGUACACAUCUGCAAGCUCAAAUGGCUGUUAUGAUGAAUGAAAUGACUAAGCUCAGAAGUGAGCUGUCCAAAUCCAAGGCAGAAGUAUGUGUAUUGUGUGAUGCAUCCCACAGUUUGGAUGACUGCCCUUCCAAAAUGGAAGCUGUCCAUUUGUCGACAGGCAAUGCAGGGGAUUCAACAACUUCAACAAUUGGAGAAAUCAGCAAUAGACCAACUGGAACAAUGCUCCACAACAAGGAAACUAUCAAAGGCCUGCUCAACCCCCAGGAUUCCACAGAGAAGAUGUUGGCUCAGAUUGCAAAACAAAAUGCUGAAAGACCAUCUGGGAGCCUGCCCAGUGACACAAUUGUGAACCCCAAGGGGAAUGACCAAGAACAAGCGAAGGCUGUCACUCUCCGAAGUGGAAGGCAACUCAAUCAACCAAGUGAAGAAGUCACUCCUGCGAGUGACCCUGCAGAACAGGAGCAACCCGCUGAAAAACCUGGGAUGGAAGAAAUUCAAUUCCCAGCACCAAUUAAGGAACCACAACAGCAAGCUCCGACGCCACCAUAUCCAGGUUUGUCACAAAUGCCGCCGGCAAGGAGGAAGGCUGCUGCCCGCAAAAACGCCUCCAACACAAGGAGAAGGAUAUCAUCCUCCUCAUCCUCGCCCUCUCCUGAACGGCAAAGAACACCCACUCCACUAGCAUCCCCUGCCAGAGAACCUACCCCACCGCCACCUCCACAACCACCAAGGGCGCUGCAAGAACAAGCCCUUAAUGCCAUCACAGAUGAAUGGGAGCCCAGAUUGGCAAAAGAGGGCACAAGCUGGGAGAUGGAUGAUCAAGAAAACCCUUUGGGGUUUCCAGCAAACGCGUUGCAGACGCCUAACUUAAAUCUGUGGCACCAUUUCAUCUGCUGCAAUCUGAUGCCAACAUCCUACACUGCUAAGGUCACCUACGAGAUGGCUCUGCUGCUGUAUGCCAUUGUCACGGACACACCAUUUGAUGCAGUCUCAGUUGUCCGGGAGCAACUCACCCGAUGUAUCACUGAUCCAAAGGUGAAGAGCUUGUAUUUCCCAGUUAUGGUCACCAUGCUAUGCAAAAGGGCAGGGGUGACCUUCCUGCACACAGACGCAGAGAGCAACUUGCAGCAACCAUUAAGGAUGCAUAAGCUGGACCAGAAACCCCCAGGUGCCUCAUCCGCAGGACAAACAACAUCCACUCCCACUCCAACUGGACAAUUGAGGCAGAGGGAUUUCAACAAACAGACCAGGUUCAUCCUGGAUUACGUCCACCAGUUCCAGAUGAGGACGGAGAAAUUCCUGCAGGAAAUGCACAAGUGCAUUGGAUGCCCUGAAAACUGCCCAAUGCCGCAUGAUCCGCCAGUCCACCCACUUCACGGAAUGCCUCAAUGA